GUUCAAUUACUUGAUUCUAUUUAUCGACUUGUGUUGUUUCUUGUUUAUAAAUUGAAAGGAAAUUGAUUCACCCGGUAAUCCUGUACGGGAGUCCGGCAUGAAUGUUGACCGCAGCCCGGAGAGCCCAGCAGAGUUGAGUGAUCGCGAGCAAGCCGUCCUGAUGGAUCCUAUUGACCACGAACGUUGCCGCUAUCCAUAUUGUAUAGUUUGGACUCCCAUUCCGGUUUUAACAUGGAUGUUCCCCUUUCUGGGCCACAUGGGUAUCUGCACAUCCAGCGGUGUGAUCCGUGAUUUUGCGGGUCCAUACUUCGUGUCAGAAGACCUGAUGGCCUUUGGGAACCCGACCAAGUACUGGCAACUCUCACCAGCUAAAGCUCACAAUGGACAACCUGGGUGGGAUGCAGCAGUUCACAAAGCUUCAGAGAUAUAUAAAAAGAGAAUGCAUAUCAUAUUCUACGACAACUGCCACUCGCACGUGGCCAUGGCGCUGAACCUGAUGGGCUACGGAGGCAGCAAGAAUUGGAAUAUGGUGAAGCUGGCCUUCUACAUGAUACCAUAUUCUAAAUAUGUCAGCGUCGGAGCCUUCGUGAAGACGUGGCUGCCCUUCGUGAUCAUCGUAACAUUCAUCUGCCUACUUGCUGCUUUCAUAUAGAACGGUUUAUAAGUUUUAUAGCCGGACAAUGAAAGGAGUUUGGACCACAACCACUUAGCUUUCUCAUAUCCAGAAUCAGGUGAUUCGGUAACUCAGAAAUUAGUUAUUGUUAAAAAAAGUCUCUAAAUUUACUUUGUCUGAGUGAGAGAUUUGAUUAAUACAAUAGAGGCGCUGGCCCGAUAUCGGGUUGUCUGUUCGUAGGCACUUUUCGCUACAUAUGCAUUGCCCCGUGUUAUCGGCUACGCUCCUAGCGCGUGGCACAUGUUGGCACUGAAUGUUUUAAAGAUGGAUUUAGGCUUUAGCUAAUAGUAUUUUAUGCAACCGCCGUUUGAAGGAGGUCAACAAAGCGGAGUGGUGUGGGUAACAAUUUGAGGCGAAGCCGAAAAUUGUUAAUAAAGACACCACGAGUAUUUUUUUACUCAUUUAAACACCGUUGCAUACCUACAAUACUUUUUCUACGACCAUGCACUUAGUGUUGAAUAGUUUUAUAGAAUGAAUUUCGUGAAAUUCACACUGUUUCCUGUAUUUUAACGCAAAGAUUUACACUACCAACCCCCAACCCCCGCCGGCCCGUCCGCACCCCCGCAGUAACGUUAUAACAAAGCGUUACCGUGGUUACAGAGUCAAACAAUGUUUUUUCAAUUUUUUUGUUAUUGCGUGGGUGCACGGGAAGCUGGCGGGGGCUGGCUUUGGGGAAUAGACUUAUAUUGGGUUUUAAAGAUCUAUGCACGACCCUGUAAAUGACGAAUAACAGUUCGGGAGUAAGUAGAAAAAGUUAUUAAGCAAAUCUUAUAUUUAGCCUUCAAAGAUAUCACAACUGUAAACAUCAAUAACAGAGUACCUAUCUAUUUCUGGAUGUGAGUAAUAUAGUAACUGUAGUUUUCCCUCCAAAAUGCAUCAAAAGGCUAAACAGUACCUACAGGUAUAAUGAUGCACUACUCCAAUGAAAUUUUAAAGUAAGGUGGAAGGUGGGCAACUGCAUGGCACAUCAGUCAUUAUUAUGUUUUGGUUUGACAUAAAAAUAACAGAAAAAUUAUGUAAAUACCAGCUUCAUGGUACUUUGAGAUCACUGAUUUUUAGACUAAUGUGAUUUUUGCUAUAAUAAUAUAUGAUGAGAUCCCAUCCCACAUAGGAUUAGUGAGUUUGAGGUGCAAAUUUUACGGUUUAAAUAUAUUUUAUUUUGGUAUGCUUUAGAAAAAUAUUUUAAACACAGGCCUAUUUUCACAAAAGGCAUAACUCAUAAAAAUAAGAGGUGUUUUUUGGUAUAAUCUAGAUUAAUUUUAUGUACAAAUACCUUAUGCAAUUAUUUUUAAAGUAAAAUGUCAUCAUUACAUUGCCAGUGUAUAAAAAUAUAGGCAAUGGCAACUUUAUUUGCUGUUCAUUUUCGAUU